CAACUUAUUAUCAAACAUUGUGUAAUAUGUUAUAGUGCAUUUGGAGACAAUAUCAUUUAUAAACCUAUUAAACGAUAACAUUUUGAUAUCUACCAAUUACAAAACUGAACGAAGCUCGUCUACAUUUUAUUAGACAUGUCAUCUGUAUCCGAGAUAACAAAAAAAAGUAAUCAAGAUGGCGACAACAAUACUCACGUUUCUGAUAUCAAGUAUUCUUCAGCAAGCAUUGAGUGACUCCUUUGCACCAAAAAUUGUCGGCGGAAAAACAGCUGGCAACGAAUUUCUUUAUCAAGUGCACAUCACAGAUGGAGUUAGCUUGUACUGUUCCGGUUCCAUUCUGAGCGAAUAUUGGAUUUUAACGCACGCAGGGUGUAUAGCGAAAAAUGAAACAUUUUACGUUGUUGCUGGAACGGUUUCGGCAAACUCCCGUGAUGGAAAUUAUCACGAAAUUGCUGAAAGCUUCAAACACGAUUCGGAUAACAUUGCUCUAAUAAAGCUAAAGACCUCUAUAGAAUUAAGCAAUUUUGUUCAAGCUGUUAACUUGCCUGAUGUAGAUGAAGAUGGUAAUUUGAAUUGCGUCUUCAGUAGUUGGGGAAAGCAAGAUUUUUUGCAGUACAUUAACGUAACGACUUUGUCAAACGCCGAAUGUCAGGAACGUUUGCCCUAUGAUCUCAUUUCAGACACGUUAAUCUGCACAAAUAACGAGGAAGGAUGUGGAGCAUGCUUUGGUGAUUUCGGAGGUCCUCUCGUUACAAGAGGAAGAAUACAAAUAGGACUUUUAAAAACAAUUCACGGUUGCACUUUGGGAGAUCCGGAUAUAUUCAUAAGGAUUUACAAAUAUGUGAAAUGG